AUGAAAAAGGUUGCCUAUGUGCGACAAGCUGAUCCCAAGCUUGUGGCCAUGGCGGCUGAGAGAGUCAACCGCGAAAUCCUACACAACGGUAGACACUUGACCGAUCGAGGGUUGUACCUGGCGCUUGCAAUGCGAAUGAAUUCGCUUUAUACGCGUGAGCUGGGGCUCCGUCAGUGGAAGCAGGCAUACGGAGCAGUUCACACGGCUAAGACACAUGGCCAUGAGGUCUUAAACAAAUCUGCAUUGCCAAAGCUGGGAGAAGAUGGCGAGCAACUGCUGGCUUUGCUUCUCGAUGACUGCCAAGGCAAGUUUCGAGAGGCGUGGCUGGUAAUGAACCGCUCUAACAGGGCCAGGGCCUGGCAACGCCUGGCCAUUUGGCUGCUGCAAAAUAACCCUGCAAUGGCCUUGGAGUUUUUACUCGUCACAACCGAGCCUCGAGAUAAACCGGACUUUACUAUGGUUGUCGAUUGCUUGGCCUACUUGGAAAAAUUCCAUUACGAUGAGCUCCGGGAUUGGACGAAGGGUGCCCAUACAUUUGAGUCGGUUGUUGAAACUUCCCUCGAUCCGAGGGACUGGCCAAUUAUCUCCCCGCCACAAAGGGGUAUACGGUUCUAUAUUCGCCGAGCAGGGUUCUUGGGUGUCUACGAGAGUUUCCGUUUAAUGAACGAGCGAGGCAUCACGAUGCAAGCGCAAACAGCACUUUGCUACAUGUACCGAUUCACAGAGCUGAAGGACGUGGAAUAUGCCCUCAGAGCCCUCGAAUUCAUUCCCAAAAUCAAUGAUCCUGAAUUUUCCAUGGACUCUGAAGGAGUCCUGCGACACUGUUGCAAGCUUCUGACCCUGGACACUGUUGAGGAUAACGCCGGAGGACGCAACUUCCGGAUCCUCCCACGGCUUCUCAAAAUGGGUGUCCAGCCAGACCGAGACAUGAUGAAUCUCGUGCUUGCCAAUGCUUACAAAACCGGUGACCCUCAAUUGGGGUCGGACAUGCUUCAGUUCAUGAAGAAUCACCACCAUGAAUUUGAUUCUUAUACAUACUUGACUCUCCUCACCGAUGCAGUAUCUCGAGGCGACCGGGGCCGUGUGGACGAGCUGGUGCGGGAAGUCGAGAUGCAAGAGGAACUACGAAACAACCCAUACAUUUUCAGCAAAAUCUUCCACGCCCAUUUCACAUUUACCGCCAAGCAUAUUGACCCCGAGAGCGAUCCCUCGGGAGUGUUUUACUCUAUGCUCGACAUGUACAACAAAAUCCACGACAUCACACCGCUUAAAGAACUCCUUCUACUCCCUCCCCAAUAUACACCGCCGCCAACUCAAGGACUUGAAGUCAAAACCCCACCUUCCCCCGUAUCCUUGUACCUCAUGAUCGCGACAUUUUUCCGUUGCAGGAAUCGGAUAUCGCAAGUACAUCACAUGUACGACAGAUUCCGCGAGCUCGUGCAGCAGGGUCACCCAUCCAUCGCUCCUCUGGUUGAAACUGACCACGUCUAUAAUGAAUUCCUUAUUGCCUUCCGCAAGAGCAGCCGUGGACUACGGUCAAGCAUACGUCUCGUCGAAGACAUGCUUGACGCAUCUGCCAUGCCGAAAGAGACUACUACUGGCAAGCCUCUCAAGCACAUUAUGCCCACGCCCCGCACUUGGACCAUUCUCCUCAGCGCCUUUAAUUACAGUCGCCAGCCCGAUGCAGCCGAGAAAGUCAAGGAGAUGAUGGCCAAGCACGACGUGAAGUACAAUCAGGUGACUUGGAACACCAUCAUCAACGGAUUCGCGAAUGCACAGGACAUCCCUGAGACUGCUAGUGCAAUCACGAAGAUGGAAAAGGAAGGCUUUGCCAUUGACCAUUACACGAUGAAGAGUCUACGUUAUCUCCGUGACCCUGAACGCCUCUGGGUGGCGAUCGAGGAGAUGGAUGAGGGCCGUGACUCGGAUGGAACCCAUAAGCUUCUCACUCUUGAGCCCGCAUCUGAUGUGCACAGUGAUCAGAUAAAGCACGAUGAGCUCAUUGACAAUGGCUUAGAGAAGUUAGAGUCAAAGUUGAAGCCUAAGAUGUAA